GGGCGGGGCCGCGCGUCGUGAGCGCGCCUCAGGGCCGCGCUCCUGGGGGCGGCGCGCGGGACCGUGGCGCUUCCGGCAGCGGGAGGCGGCGCCGAGCGGGACCGAGCGGUUCGGGUAGCAGCCGGGGAGGCGGAUCUGGGACGAUGUCUGGGGAGGUGCCACCCAACAUUAACAUCAAGGAGCCUCGAUGGGACCAAAGCACUUUUGUCGGCCGUGCCAAUCACUUCUUCACUGUCACGGAUCCUAGGAACAUCCUCCUAACAAACGAACAACUAGAGAAUGCAAGAAAGGUGGUACAUGAGUACAGGCAAGGAAUUGUUCCUGCUGGCCUCACGGAAAAUGAGUUGUGGAGAGCAAAGUACGUGUAUGAUUCAGCUUUCCAUCCUGACACGGGUGAAAAGAUGAUUCUGAUAGGAAGAAUGUCAGCUCAAGUCCCAAUGAACAUGACCAUCACGGGCUGCAUGAUGACAUUUUACAGGACCACACCGGCUGUGCUUUUCUGGCAGUGGAUAAACCAGUCCUUCAAUGCUGUUGUCAAUUACACCAAUAGAAGCGGAGAUGCUCCCCUCACCGUAAAUGAGCUGGGUACGGCUUAUGUUUCUGCUACAACCGGUGCUGUAGCGACAGCCCUAGGACUUAAUGCCUUAACCAAGCGCGUCUCACCACUGAUAGGACGUUUUGUCCCCUUCGCUGCCGUGGCUGCUGCUAACUGCAUUAACAUCCCGCUGAUGAGGCAAAGGGAACUCAAAGUCGGCAUUCCUGUCACUGAUGAAAAUGGCACCCGAUUGGGAGAAUCGACCAAUGCUGCAAAACAAGCCAUCACGCAGGUGGUCAUCUCCAGGAUCCUCAUGGCAGCCCCUGGCAUGGCCAUCCCUCCAUUUAUCAUGAACACGUUGGAAAAGAAAGCCUUUCUGAAGAGGUUCCCGUGGAUGAGUGCACCAAUUCAAGUCACGUUGGUUGGCUUUUGUUUGGUCUUCGCCACCCCACUGUGCUGUGCUCUAUUUCCUCAGAAGAGUUCCAUGCCUGUGACAAGCUUGGAGGAUGAGUUGCAAGCCAGCAUCCAAAGGAGUCAUCCUGAAUUACGGCGCGUGUACUUUAACAAGGGCCUGUGAAGCCAGGAUCAAGCCCUGGAGGUUCCUCCUGCGAUCUGUGAACCUCCCGAAACCACAGCAGUGAGGAAAUCCCAUGUGAUGGGGCAUUCCCAGUUACAAAAGCCUCUAAAAGAUCUGCAUUAGAGUCAAGCUGCCCGUUGACACAGUACCCAGUGCCAGUCAGGAGCAUGACGUUUGAAUCAUGUUGUAAUUUACAAACAUACCCUUCUGGUAGACUUUAAUGACACCGUUUUUUCAAAGCCCUCACCUCGAGCUUUCAAAAGCACUGGUAGGCAUAGCAUAGGUGCUCCAGUUACCGGCCCAGUAAACAUUGGUUGUCAGUCAUUGGAAAGGUUACCCAUUUCAUUCCUACUUCUGUUCCACAGAGGCCUCAGCCAUGAAUUGGGAAAAUACAAAAGGUCUGAGACUAAAUAUACAAGUGUAAAUACUAAGGGAACUUUGUCUCCAGUUUGGCAGUGGACCAGUCCAAAAUAGAUGGUGACAAAAAUUGAGGUUCAGAGGGUAAACACUCCGUCCACCUUCCUGAAGUCAGCCACAGAGCAGGGUGUGAACUGGCCCCUGUAGUUAUCAUGUGUUCACGGUUAACUUCUCUUGGUUAACUUUUCAGUUUGUCUAGUAUUCUUAUAAAAUUAUUAAUCUGACCUCAAAGGUACUUUAUAAUCAUGAAUUUUCAUCAAAUAAUUAACUGAAAUGCACAAUGCCAGCUUUAGGAGUAUAUUCAGUACCAGUGCAGUCUGGUUUGUUGGUUUUUUAGACGUGAAACUACAGUUCACAGUCCCUAUGUGCCUUUUUUUUUUUUCUUUUUUUUUCGGUUUUUGGUUUUUGGGGUUUUUUUUGGCUUUCAUGAAGAUACAAAGAUAAUAAAUGAACAAGUCAGCAACAGCGAAUGUUGUGUUACAUUCCACCCUUUUUGUUUGAAGACCAUGAAAUUACGUAGCACGUCUACAUCUCCAUAGUGAUUUUACAUGUUACAUGUUCAGUGUAGCUGAGGUCAUGUUGGAAGUAUGUAGAUGUUCCCUGUCAUAGACAAGCCACUUGUUACACUGAGUGUAAAUCAUUGUAAUUCAGAGAUUUUGUAAGUGGGAAAAAAAAUAUUAGAAACUAUCUAGUUUCUGCAGAUCUUUUUCCUGAUAAUGUGUCCAGAUUGAAUUUCCUCAUAAAGAAAAAAUGGUGUGCCUUGUGUCUGUGUUUCUCUGUUCUCUAAAAGGAUGUAUGGAUCUGAAGCUCUCAUCCCCGCCCCCUCAUGCUGCUGGAAUCUUCUGUAGCGUUGAAUGCCAAGCCACUUGAAAUGCGAUGGCUUCUUGUGACAUUCUGGCCUUGGAUGAGCCUCGUCGCCAUCACUGCUUCUGUUUAAAUGGUGGUGAGAGCCUGGAGUUCAGGGCUCCACAAGGUGCUUAGAGGACAUUUCCAUGCGAAGCUGCAGGCCUUGAGGUCCGCCCCACCCAGCUGGUCACUGAGCUGUUGCCCCAGUGCGUGUGGAGCUCUGAGAACGUGAAAACGCAGAUGGGAGACGGACAAACUCCAAGUGUCAGCCCAGGUGUAGUGAGGAAUGAGCAGUGGGUGUGGAGCUGGCUCUUUUAAAUCUGUUUCUAGAAAUUCGGGCCUCUUCAUGCUUUUGUAUAGGAAUACUCACUGUGUGGUUUAAUCGUGAUUUAUUUAAAAAAAAAAAAGACAAAAGAACAAAUGAGUGAAAAUUGGCAGUCUUUGCUGAUCUUUUAAAAACAUUUUUUCUGAAGACAAAGCCACAUGAAGUGCAAUAAGGUUGUAAGGUGACUAGUUAAUAUUUCUCUAAUGUGAGCUAGAGUUGCGUGUGUGACUGGCUAGCAGCUAUCAGUAUUAGCGAGGUGUCUUGCCAACGUCAGAGCCAAUGUGUCAUUUCAGUUUAACUGAUGAAAUGUCAAAUAAAUACAGAAUGAAAAUAAACUUUGUCUUUUGUUCGUAUGUGAAACAUGCAGUUUGGGUGUUACAAUCUGUGGUGCCUUCCGUCUGAGCCUCACCAGUAACUCCUAAUGCCACGUUCUGUGUUCUUGCCGAUCUUUUAACUACAAUGUAUUUCUGCCUGGGGUUGCUGGUCUUCCGCCCUCUUGAACCUCACAGGGGCAGUACCCCUGUAUUCACAGCUGACAUGCUCAGAGACCCCCCAAAGGAGACCUGAAACAGGUCCUUUUGAAGAACAGUGGUAAAAUUUCAUUGAUGAGUUAGGCACAAGUUUUACGGUGAUAACUAGCAAUAAAUCUAGAUAAACUAUAACAAUACUAAGUUGUUUAAAACUCAUGGAGUGUUUAUUUUUGAAAUUUUCCAUGUAAUCUUUUGGACUAUGGUGGAUAACAUAUGGUGGUUAAAAACAGGAAAAACAAAAGUAUAAAGAGACUGCUAUACACAGAGGCGCACACCCCCAUACCCACCUCCCACACACACCCCUGACUAGUUUAAAUCAGAAGUGUUGAUUGUGAACUUGGAGGGGAAGUGAGUUUCUGCUUCAAACCACUUGGGAUGCCCAGGGCAGUUUGCUCACUUGUCAGAUUCUAGCACAGAACUGUUGUUUUUAAAGAGAAACAUCCAGAUUUGAGAUUAAGAAGUGAUUCAUCAAUGAACAAUACAGAGCUGAGUACUUAAAUAUUUUUCUUUAAAAUUUAUUGUGGUGGUUUGAAUAAGAAUGAUCCCCAUAGGCUCCUAUACUUGAGUGCUGAGUCAUCAGGGAGUGGCACUACUUGAGAAGGAUUAGGAGGUGUGGCCUUGCUGGAGGAAAUGUGUCACUGGGGAUGGACCUUGAGGUUUCAAAUGCUCGAGUCAGGCCCAGUGUCUCUUUCUUCCUGCUGCCUGCUUAUCCAAAUGUAGAACUCUUAGCUACUUCUCCAGCACCAUGUCUGCCUGUGUGCCGUCAUGCUCCCUGCCAUGAUGAUAAUGGAUUAAACCUCUGAAAUUGUAAGCAAGCCCCAAUUAAAUGCUUUCUUUUGUAAGA